AUGCACUUCAAAAUUGAUUUUGAGGGAAAUAGUGAGAUAUCCGCCUACGUCUGUCUGACCAACACGUACGCAAUCGUAGGCCGAUCCCAUUGCGACAAUCUGGUUGACUUCCUUCGAGAGAAGCUGGAGAUUCCAAUCGUGGAGACAACCGUAGGAAACAUCCGUACAGUUGGGAAUCUGAUCGUAGGCAACAAGAAUGGCGUAGUCUGCAGUGAUCUGAUCAAUGAUCAGGAGCUGAUGCACAUCCGCAACUCGCUGCCAGAGUCAAUCAGGGUCGUGCGAAUCUACGACAAGCUCAAUGCGAUUGGAAACAACGUCCUCUGCAACGAUAACGUCUGUAUCGUGAAUCCCGAAUUCUCUAACACCGAUGUUCUCGAAGACGUCCUAGGAGUUCCAGUCUACAAAACAGGCCUAGGCCCAGAGAAACUGGUUGGGUCGUACGGGGCCAUGAAUUCAAGGGGCCUUCUUGUUCAUCCAAACAUGAAUACGGCAGAAAUAGAGGAGAUGUCGAGGCUGCUUCGGCUCGAUGCGAUUGGAUCGACGAUAAACAAGGGAAAGGCAGGCGUAGGAAGCGGGGUGGUCGUAAACGACUACGUCUGCUUCAUGGGAAGAAGAAGCACGACGGUGGAGGCCAAGGUGGCCGAAAGGGUCUUUGGCCUUGGCUCGGCCGAGCUGGACGAGAAGGAAGUCGUCGAAGACAUCGUAGUAUAG